CUCUUCAGUCCACUCUCCAAGACAGUAGGCUGGUAUAGCUCCGUGGAGCCCCAGUUAGAGACAGAUAUGAUACCUGCAGUGAUAUUGAUUAUCCUGUUCUGGAGCACAGAUCUCCAGGCUCAAAGUGUCAGUCCACCAGCUGAACUCUCAGUCAGACUGGUGAAUGGAACCACUUCCUGUUCUGGGACAGUGGAAGUUUUCUAUGAAGGAGAGUGGUCAGGUCUAUGUUUUUGGUGGCAGAGCAUGAGAGAGGUUAAGGUUGUGUGUAGACAGCUGGACUGUGGGAAUCCUGUAGCUGAAUCAAGUGGACCUCUGAUUGAAGAUGGAAGAGGAGUCACACUAUUUAGUUGCAAGGGGAAAUGAGUCUUCUAUUAGAGAGUGUGUCAUCAUAAAAGGCAUACCUGGUAUCUUAGUAGGAGUACUUCCUGGUGACUGUGAAGGUGAAUAUUAUCAUCGUGUGACCUGUUCAGAGUCUGUGAGGCUUGUGGACGGAGCUGGUGUCUGCUCUGGGAGAGUGGAGGUGAAGUCCAAUCAGUCCUGGGCCUCAGUGUGUGAAGCUGACUUUGACCGGCAGGAUGCAGAGGUAGUCUGUAGGGAGCUUGGCUGUGGGGCUCCUGCAGCUCUACAGGGGGGGCUCUAUGGAGAAGGUGAGGGUCAGACCUGGGAUAAAGAGUUGCAGUGUGAAGGCAAAGAGUCCCUUCUCCUCGACUGUGACACCUCAGACAGAAAACACAACACCUGCCUACCUGGUAAUGCUGUUGGACUCACCUGCUCAGAGCCUGACGAUGUGAGGCUGGUGAGAGGAGGCAGUCGCUGUGCUGGUGGAGUGGAGCGGUACGACCAGGGAGAGUGGAGGACCGUGGGAGCUGAGGACUGGGACCAGGAGGAUGUAGCUGCAGUAGUGUGUAGACAGCUGGGUUGUGGCUCCACUGUUUCAGUUCUACCUGGAAACACCACUAGAAGGUUUGGAGUUCACUGUGAUGGUCCUGAGUCUUCACUGGGGGAGUGUAGAAGAAGAUAUGAUCUCUAUCCUGGACUCACAGUGAUCUGCUCAAAUCUCCUGGUCCAGCCUGAUAUCUCCCUGACUGACUCAAUGGGAGGGGUCUCCAGGGGCCCCCAGGGGCCCGAGAUGUUCAGAGGCUACAACUUCACCAUCACCUGCUCCACUCAGCCACAGCACCCAGGAGGCUCCUUCCUCCUCACGUUCACCGGCUCCAACAGAACCCAGACCCAGCCAGCUGUCAAUCACUCUGCUGCCUUCCUCUUCCCUGCUGCAGAUGACUCCCACCAAGGGAACUACCGCUGUGUUUAUGACAAUUAUGUUUUCUCUCAUAACUUCUCCUCUGAGAGCGAGAUCCUCUCCCUCACCGUCACAGCCUCUCCUCUGCCAGCCUUCAUCGUCAGACACGUUGUAGUGCUGCUGAUCCUACUGACAGCCAUCACCGCCUCCUACCUGUACUACAAGCCCACCAGGAGGCAGAAGAGAGUGAACAGGGUGAGCAGCAUGGAUCUUCAUGCCAUGGAGAUGGUCUUUCUGAGCUCCAGAGCUGAAGCCGGACCGGGAGAGGAGAGAGCAGCCCAGGGGACGGAGUAGAAUGAAGCUGACCCUACAUGCUGAUCUUAGGUCAGUUUUGUGUUUAAAAUGUGGUGACAAACCUUAAGUGCUUCUAAUUUAAUAAUAAUUGUAUUAUUUUAUUAUUAAUAAUAAUUUUAAUAACAAGUUCAGAAUUAGUUUAUCUUUCUAGAACCUUGGAAGAAAUAUAAAAGGAGUGACUGCAACCACCAUUAUUCCAUUUAGUUUGGUUUUUACCACCAGGGAAACAUGGGGUUCUGGGUAACAUGGGGUUCUGGGUAA